AUGAUCCGUGAUGUUACUUUCGGAAUCGUCAGAUUCAAUAUGGCGUUUCCCUGGAAUAUUCCAAAUAAGGCUCUAAGGGUAUGGGUUAUGAGUAAUGGUACUAGGACUAGGAGACGCUUGACAGAGGAGGAGCUGCAUCCUAUCACCUAG